GGGAAAAAAGCAAAAAUAACAAAGGCAAAAAACGUCCUUAAGCCACGCAGCUUUUUUGUUACCAGAUGUGGCAGAAGAUACAGUCUCGCCAACUAGAGCUCGGACCAUGAAGGACUAUGAAAAUCAAAUAACCGAUCUGAAAAAAGAGAACUUCAACCUGAAGCUUCGUAUAUACUUUCUGGAGGAGCGAAUGCAGCAGAAGUUUGAUGGUCCCACUGAAGAAAUAUACAAAAUCAACAUUGAGCUGAAAGUUGAGAUAGAAAGUCUGAAGCAUGAUCUGCAGGAGAGAGAGAAACUACUUAUCAAAGCCUCUAAGGCAGUUGAAAGCUUGGCUCAGGGUGGUGAUGCUGAAAUACAGCGCGUGAAAGAAGAGGCACAAAAGAAGAUGCAAGAAAUGGAAGAAACCCUGACUAGCAGAAUAAACUUUCUGGAAGAGAAUCUUAAAGCUGCCCAAGAAGAUGUGGAAAAAGGCAUUGCAAUGACAGAGAAGGAGAAAGCUCUGAGAAUAGCUGCUGAGCAGAAACUUUCUUCAAUUAUGAAUGUCCCUGCAAAGGAUCCGGAUAUGAUUACAGGAGCUGAGAAAGACAGACUUAUAGAGCAACUGAAUCUGUCAUUGAAAAGUAAAGAAGCUAUAAUUCAACACCUUGAAGAGGAAAAGUCUCAGAGUGGAUCUUAUGAUGGGAACUUAUCAGCAGAAAAAAUCAGAGAACUUACCAUUGCUUUGAGGCAUGAAAAAGAUAGUGAGAUAGAGGCUAUUAGAAUGGAGCUUAAAACCGAGAGAAAUUCCUUUGAAAAAACAAUUCAGUCACUUCAAGAAGAGCUACAAGAGAGAGAAAAUGAGCUUGCUGUUGAAAAGAAGAAUGGUUUGAAAAGGGAUAAAACCAUUCAAGGGCUAACUGUUGCAUUAAAAGCAAAGGAAAAAGAGAAUGAGGAGCUUGGUUCUGAAAUUGAAGAUCUAAAUGCUUCAUUGGCUAAGGCAAGAGAGGCAACUCACAAAGCACACAUCCAGAAAUUCAAGGGUGCUGAGGAUUAUCAAGCUCUCUUGAUGGAAAAAGAAACCCUCUUAGCAGAGCUGCGUUCAGAAAACCUUACAAAGGAUGCUGAGAAUCGUAAACUACAAAGGAGGAUUAAAAGGACCGAUCAAGAGCUAAAUGAUUUGAAUUUAGAAAGAGAGAAAAUGGAGAAGGAGCUGGAUGAAGCACAACUACAGAAGAGCAGAAGUGACAAAACCAUUAAUGACCUUAGAAAUCAACUAGAGAAAUUACAUGGUGAAAUGACUGAGAAAGAAAAAGCAGCUGAACAUCUUUACAAUAUUCUUUUGAGUGAAAGCAAUCAGAAGUUGCAGAGCCAAGAACUAGUUAUCAAGCAGCUAACAGACAACGUCAAUCAAAAGGAUCUGCUGCUUCAGAAACUUGAUGGAACAGUUAAAGAAAAGGAUGCAGAAUUGCAGGAGCUCCUAAAUAAGUACAAGAACCUUCUAAGAACCAAUGAAGAACUUGAACUGAAAAAUGAGGGCUUAGUAAAGGAAAAAUGUGCUGCACAGUCUCAACAGUCAAUCAUCAAGAUAGUCAGAGAGUUAGAGGAAAAUAAAGAAGCUGAAUAUGAAAAGCUGAUCCUUGCUUUAAGAAAGGAACAAAAUAUUUAUUCUACACUAGUGAAGACCUUCAAAGAAUCGGAUAGUAUAAAUAGCUUGCAAACAGAACUAAACAACAUUUUCAUGUUGCGCAAACAACUAGAAGAAGAUGUUUUAGCUAAUCGGAAUCUGCAGAAGAUCUUAGAAGAUCAGAUUAAGGACAUUAAAAACCGACAAGAUGAAACACUGUCUUCCUGUGGAGAUCAAACAUCUUAUAUGAGUAUCUGUUUAGGAGAGCAAGAUCAUUUAAGCCUACAGACAGACCAUCUGUCUCUUGAAGAACUUAAGAAAAAGGUUACUGACCUUCUCUUGAUGGUUAAGGAUCUGCAGUCAAUUAAUCAAGAACUUAAGAAAAAACAGCUUGGACUUUGUACGACAGAUUCUCAAGGGAAGGAAGCACAAAAAAUACUAAACCACAGUGAGUGUCUUGAAAUAACAGAGGAGCCCGUGAUGCAGGCGGAAGGUAGUGACAAUGAUGGGAAGAGGCAGAACAGUCGGUUUUCUGAGAGGGUCAGUCAGCUAUGCCUUCAAGUAUCUUUGGAUUUUCCUUCUGAGCUGGAUAAACAGAUAACUCCAUCAGGCUAUUCAGAGAGUUUCUGCAAAGACAGACAUUACAGGAGUCCAAAUAAGCCUCAGUUAGAACAUGACACAACUGGCAAACACUUUGGCAGAAUAGGAAUGAGUGAACAUGAAACAGAAGAGAACUUGCUCACGUCUCUUCUAGGAGAAAAUAGAACAUCUGUACUGGAAUCUACCAGAGAAGAACAAAUGAAAACUGUAAAUGAACUGUUAGAUCAUCUGAACACAACUGAGGAAGAAUGUUCAAGUGAAGAUAUAGAGAAAAAGGAUGAAAAAGAUCUUAGGCAAAUGAUUAUUCAACUAAGAGCGGAACUCAAACAUUUCAAGCAGGUCAAUAAAUUCUUAAAGCAGCAAGCAGAAUUGAAAUCAACUUUUGAUGGGAAAGAGAAGCUUUACCCAGAUGCAAUGCCACAGAUUAAUAAGGAUAUUGAGUUGUUGAAAGUGGAAUUGAAAGAUGCAGCUACACAAACAAUGACUUUAGAGAAUAAUGUCAUGAGAUUCAAACAUGAAGGCAAAAAAAGAGCCUCAGAAGAAAACCCAAAAUAUUCAAGAUUAAAUGCCGAAAGAGAACAUCAGCAAGAAAAUGUGUGUAAGAAGGGUGAACAGCAUGAAAGACUUUUUUUUACAAGGAGAACAAAUGAAACUGAUUCUGCUCAUCUGCCCAAGAAGUCCCGUCUGCCCGUUCUCUUAAAAUCAUCCAGGCCAUUAGGAAAUGUGCCUUUGAACUCCUGUAGGCAGAAGUCGCAUUCAAAACUACAGCAUCAUACCAGGAUACCUUAUGAAGGUCUGAAAGCAUGUGAAGUACGAAACAAACCAUUUCAGCCCCAAACAAAUGGAGAGUUAUUACUGAAUGAGUCUGUAAGUGAAAACCCCCAAGAAGAGCCUGCACAGGAGAGCACAUCAGUGAGAGUUGACUCAUUGCUCAAACUGGAUGAUAGUGAGGUCCAGGUGGAGUUGCAAGGUGUUUAUCUGGGUGCAGGGGGCAAGAAUGAAUAUGUGAUGGACAAAAACCAGCAAAACUAUCAAGAAAUGCAAAAUCAUCGUAACAUUAGCAACAUGAAUAUCCAGCCUUCAUUAAAAGAGAUAAAUGAAGAGUUUUAUUCCAUGGAACAUGAGGACACUGACUCAGCCACCGCAUAUUCAGGUUCCAAGCGCCUGCGUUCUCUCAAAUUGAGUGUAACAAGUACAGAUGCACUCGAUGACUGUGAAGUCAUAGAUGAUAUAGAAGAAUUGAAACAAAGAAUUAAGAAUAUGAAGUCUGAGCUUGAAAAGUACAAAAUGUUCGUGCUUCAUUUAUACACCUCUGACCAGCUUCUAUCGAGUGGUAUCUCCAAUAUAGUUUUGAGCGACACAGCCUUGCCUGUGGAAGGAUGUGUUACACAAGUGCAAGACACAGCUAUGCAAGAAAUCAAAACAUUUUCUAGUUUGCCUCAGCUGAUGGAUCACGAGAUCCACUCCGAAAACAGGAAUUCAGAGUCUUCAAAAGCACCUGAUACAUGGACAGCACAAAACCUUAAGGAACUGCUAUCAGCAAAUGAGGCAGAACUUGAAAAAGAGCAAAUUGCAAAUGUGCGUCUUGAUGAAGUGUGUAGUCUUCAGAACAAACUGAGAGAAACAUCACCAUCCAAAUAUGAUUCAUUAGUUCAUUCACAAGCUCGAGAACUCUCCUUUCAAUGCCAACAAAUUAAGGAGAUCCGCAGUGCUUGUGUCGCUUACCAUCAACAUCUGACGAGCCUUAUUAAAGCUUUUGAGGAACUGCUUCAAGCCAGUGAUGUAGAUUAUUGUGUUGCUGAAGGCUUCUGUGAACAACUGAAUCAAAGUGUGCUAUUGUUUGAGAAGCUAGAAAGGAAAUUCCUGUAUGGGGAAUCAAUAGGUACAGAAGUUACGAUACUUUAUGAAUUAGCUCAAAGGGAUAAUGAGAAGAACACCACCAUGUACCAGCAACUGAAGGAUGAAUCACCUGUACCAUCUGCUCUUCAUAGCUUGUCUGACUUUGAUUUGUCAGAAAAGUCGUCUCUUGGAUCACCUGAGCACAUGCAUGACCUAGAAGGACAGCAUGGCACACAGGCACUUCUGCCAAACAAGUUUGCCCCAGUGACAGUUCGAACAGAUAAGUUCCUGAGUCAAGCUGAAACUUACAGCCAAUGGAAGAAAAAUUGCAGAAUGGCAAAGCAAGAAGGAAAAGAGUUAUUAAUGGAGCAUCUGCAAGAAAUUCGAAUCCUGAGACAACGUUUAGAAUACUCCAUAAAAACUAAUGAGAGACUGAGGAAGCAGCUUGAGACACAAGUAACAGACAAGGAACUAGAUCAAGGUUCUGCAAACAUUUUUAUCCAUGGCUCAGAGCAGCAUAAUUCCCUGACUUCUGAAAUACAUUUCCUGAGGAAGCAAAAUCAAGUUCUGAAUGCAAUGCUAGCAAAAGGAUCCAGAGAUAAACAAAAGGAAAAUGAAAAGUUAAGAGAAUCUCUUUCUAAAAAGAAUGUAAUCAUUGAGCAUCUUCAUGAGGAUUAUGAACGCAUCAAGAAAGAAAAUGAAAGGUUGCAAAAACAAAUUGGCCAAAAGGAGGAUGAAACCAGAUACCUGACAUGUCAGAUUUACAGCAGUCGUAAUGAAUUAAACAGGUUGCAAACAGAAAUUAAUGUAAAGCAACGUCAGCUCUCUGAGAAUGAGAAGUUGCUGCAGUCACUCCGAACUGAGAUCAAGGUUUAUGAGAAGUUGGAAGAAGCAAGAAGGAAGAGGACAGAUCCCAGAUGUGAUGCAUCAGAAGAAUUCCGAAAAGAUCAGAAAAAUCCACUUGACUUACAUGAACUAUUGACUGAAAUACAGAGUUUGCGAGUGCAGCUUGAAAGAAGCAUCGAGACAAACAAGUCUUUGCAUGAAAAAUUAGAGGAACAGCUUUCAAAGGAAAAGAGAGAGGAAGUGGGAUCAGUGUCGGCUGUGAAUAUCAACUAUCUUUUCAAACAAGAAUCGCAGCAUUAUGCAGGAAUGAAUGGUACGCGCUCAGCCUCUAAAGACGAUUUAGAGAGCACUUCACACUGCAGUAGUACUUCAUCUUCCAGCACGGCAUGUACCCCUCGGCUUGUGCCUGGACAUCGUAUGUGGGCAGACAAAAAUGGGCGCCACGUUCUUGGCUUGAUUGAGGAUUACAACGCUCUGCGGAAACAGAUUUCAGAAGGCCAACAGGUUUUAGCAGAAAUGGAGAUUUCUUUAAGAGAGGUCACUGGUACGAAACUGCAGGAGCCUGGAGUAAAGGUACCAGACCAGGCAUCACUGCAUAGCUUUUCUGCAAAUACUCACACAGUACAGCAGAUUUUAGAAGAGGCUGCACGUUUACUGAAACUUCUCUGGAGAGUUUCCCUUCCAUUGAAAGCUGUACCUGGGACUACGCAUGGCGCUCAGGAUGAAGGAAUGAAAGCAGAAAUAUUUAGGUUACGUAAGAAACUGUCCGAGCAAGAGAAGAAGUUGCACAGCACAGUGAAACGCUUGCACUCCACAAACCAGCUGAAGGAAAACAUGGAGAAAGUCAUCAUCGACCAGUUGGUUUUAACUCAUGAUGUCUUGAAGAAGGCAAGAGGAAACCUGGAAGUCCCACCAGCUGAGAAUCAAAAAUCACCCUCCUAUACCAGCAAAAAAAGGAUUCUCUGAAGGAGAAAGUUCCACUGAUAAAAAUGUCAAACAGGUCCUGAAAGAAUCGAGAAUGUGAUCCACCUUCCAAGCUGUUUCUCUACUGCUAAAAGAAUGUAGGUUAAAAAAAUAAAAUCUGCCGGUUGUUGUUGUUUUGUAGAAAUAGGAGAAAUGUUCAGUGUUUUUAAACAUACCUGGAAGAUUCUUCUGGAAGCUGCCUGAUGCUCAGCUUUCUUACUGCCCUAUUAGAAACUUAGA